AUGUCUUCAAAUCCAAUUCCAGCACAACAAUAUUUACUUAAAUUAAGAAUUUCAAAUGUAAUGAGGAUUUUUCCAAUUUUUUGGAAUGGUUUUUUUGCAAAGACAGAAAUAAUAAUUAUUUUAACAUUAACAACUUUCCGCUUUGACUUAAUAAUCCUACCUCUAAUUGUAAAUUUAGUUGAUAUCUCAAUUUAUUUAUUAAUUUUGUAAUAUUUUUGGUUGAAACUUGAGAAUACAGUCGAUAAAUGUGUUUUAAAUAAUUAAUCACAACGUGAUAUUUAAACCUUUUAACCAAAAUUACUCUAUUAGUAUCUCUAAUUAAUGUGGAUCAUUUCAGAUAUUUUAUCUAAAGAAUUGUGUUUUUUUUAUGUUGUUACGUUGCUUCUCAUCAAUUAAAUCGCUUAUUCAAAUAGAUAAAAACUCUUAAUGUUGGAAUUAUUAUUACAGGUUUACAUAAUUAGAUACUAUUUGCAUUUAGUUGAAAAUUGCAGUGUUGCACUUUCUUAAGUUUCAAGAGUUUAAGGAAGUUACAGAUAAUUAGAGGAUUAAAAGAUCUUGAAAAAUUUCACAUAUAAAGUACCAUUUGAUAAACGAAAUUAACAAAGCAAGUAAGUCUUUAAGAUCUAAUAAUUAGCUACUCUUAUUAAAACUGA